AUGCAUUACGAUGCGAAAUAUGACGUUGUUGGCGGUCUUAGAGAUCAAUUCCAGUUGGCCAUUCUGGAGAAUGCACGGGGGUCGGUGAUACGGUUCAAUAAAAGUGAUCAUCCAAUCUUGAAGGUAAUCAAUAGACAAGAAUAAAAGAGCUUGAUGCUUGUAUUCCAAUGAAAUUUUUUGUAAAAAGUUUGUUCACAAAAUUUCAUCUACAGCAUGACUGGAAGUACCCCAAGUGCGAUGCUCAGAUUUUCUUUAAAUUUUGUACACACGUCGGGCAUGGACCAAAUAUAUAUUCCUGAAAGUUUUAGCUCGCGCUUUACAGGCGCUGCCGAGAUAUAUAUAUCUUUGCCGCCGAGAGAGUGCACUAAACGUGGAGAGCGGUCAGAGAGAAAAACACUUUUUGGCCAUAACUUUUGCUGGUUUCGCGCGGAAAAAAUUCUUCUUUUACGGUAGAAAUAUGUAUGAAACUUUUCGUCCGAAAUUCGGCAAAAAGUCUCAUAUUUUCGCCGACUUUCGAUUAAAAAAUCUCGGUUGUUUCUGCAAAGCGCGAGCCAGGAUUCUCGAAUAUACUUUAGAAAAAAAUUAUUCUAAAUUUGUGCCAAGUUUUAUCAAAAUGUGAACGUCGCACUUGAGGUACUUCCCCUGUAAGAUGACUUUAUUUCUAGGCCUCGUUCAAAUUCAACCUCGCAUUCUGUCUUCCGUCCCAUGUCCAUUCGGAUUUGCUUACCGCCCUCGCAUGCUAUCUUCAUGAUAACAUCGAUUUUGAUAUAAAUAAUCGGAAGAUAGAGACAGAACGAGAUGAAAACAGCUUUUGCCGAUUCCGCAACGAGUUCGAGUCGUUGGAGGCGCUCAACAGUGUGUUUCCGAAGAGGAAGCUCAGAGUUGUGACAGUCAUUGAUGAUCCGUUGGAUCGAUUUGUGGUGUCUUACGUGGACCGAUGCUUGAGGUGAGGAUUUGGGGUCAGAAAUGGGUCAUAUUGAUUACAGUGGGGGACCUGAUCCAGUGCCAAAAAACGUACCAGUUUGCAUCCAGGAAGCAUCAAACACUGUGGCAAAAUACCUCCCUCUCCAAGUGAAAAAACCCAGAUUUCAAAAGCGCGCCCGCUCUUUUUGUGAUGGAAAGGGCGCGCCCUUCAAAGCGAAGUUUUUUUCGCUUGGAGAGGGAAGCAUUUUGCCACAUUUUUGAUACUUGCCGGAUGCAAAAUGGUACGUUUUUUGCCACUGGAUCAGGUCCACUGUAUGUGUUCAAACUCUCUAUAACGAAGUGCUAGGAGUCAAAACAUUAAUUUUUUAUGUAAGAGCUUCGUUCUAGGCAGGUUCGUUAUGCCCUAAAAUUGAGUCAUCGUCCCAUAAAUUGUUCGCUGUAGGUCAUUUUCGUUGUUCUGGACUUUGUUAUACAGGGUUCCGUUAUAUUUUCAAGAAGUGUAAUCAUUGAUAAAGGUAAUGUUUUAGUGAGUUCCCAGAUAACGCAACUCGUCGCUGCUUUGGAUGCAAAGAAGAUCUUGAGUGCUUCUUGACAAGGCUUCAUAAUAGGACAAUCAUGCACACUCAGGGGCAGCAAUUUCUAAAUUACAACUAUGUGCGGCAGUUCUUCCCACAGAGCUUGUAAGUGUUAUUUGCAAGCAGAGUAAAUACGACUUGUUCAACGUGCGGCUCUAUCAAAUUUUCUUAAGAUUUCACAUAGUGUAUGUUGUGCUCGGAAAAAAUUUUUUUGACCAAAAUUAAGAUCUGAGCGUCACACUAUGAGCAUAUUAUAUAAAUUGCAUCCGAAUGUAUUAUGGCUACAGAUUAUUUUCAUCUUUAUUUUAGAAACUGUAACUUCAACACCUCCUUAACAAACUAUAUCUUUAUCAACUCCUUUCUGGACCCCUCAUCUGACUGGAUAACCAAUUUAACAACUGAACUUGGACUGAUUUUGCAGCUUCAAAAUGUUACCGAUCCCAUUGCAGAAGUUGCCAUGAAAAGUGUAAAACUUUCACUUCAAAAAGAGAUGGAGCGAAAUCAGAACUACACAGAUGUGAAAUCGUCAAUUCUUCGCAGUCCAUGGGUUCUGCAGAGGUUUAUUCAGAUCUAUCAUCGCGACUAUGCAACGUACAAUUUACCGUUUCCACAGUUUCGGUUUGACUAG